AUGCCCACUAUCCUUGGUCUUGGGAUCCCAGCAGUGAUCAACGAGCACUACACAGUUAUAGAGUAUAUCCAAUGUCGCGCUGGAUGGCUCGGUACACACCCGGAUUCCGCAUGCAUGCCUAUCGGACGAUUUACGAUAGCACGACGUGACGCAAGCGAUGUAUUCUCCUCGGAUUCCGCACUAUCUGUACAGGAAGUGCGACAGCGAGAGCAAGAUCGUAUUGUAGACCCACUCCUUCCUUUUCCGACAAUCGGUAACACAGAAAGUCUUGAUGGCUUCAGGAGCUAUCCCGGCCGUGAGUGGUCGCCCAGCAUUCGACGGCCACUGGCCAGGCCGGCUACUCCCGAGCAGGAACCUGCACUAGAGGCGACAUCCAGAUCAGCAACAUCUCUAUGUGCUAGACAGUCGGGUAACAGGCACCACGACACGAGUGCAACCCAGCAUACGUCGCAACGCCCGGUGCUCCAGCCGAGCAGCUCGACAUUACCUUGCGGGAGUACCCCCGUCUACGGUCCACAACAAUCACCACGUGCAAGUCUCACCGGCGGGAAGAUGCCAAGCGCGAAUUCGGUCAAAGCAAACAUGUUGCAAACGGCAUAUGCAGACCAACAAGCCAGCACAAGUUUUUACAUUGAUCACCAUCAACCUGGUCGAUCGUCCAGUCCUGUACUACGAUUUGGGUCUCCAAUGGCUACCAUAGCAUCUACGCCAGCGACUACGCCUCCGUUAGGUGGGUCCAAAACGAGCACUUGCCCGUCACAGCCACCUCACGCGACCGACAAGCCGUUGCAAGCCGACUUACUACGCAACAAUAUAAAUGCACUCGGCAAUCCCCCCAGACUAACGGAUGAUACCACUAGUCUUGAGAUUGUCGAGGGUAACAUCGCCUCCCUUGCAGGCCGCGGCAUCAUGAUUCCUAUCAAGCAAAGCGGAGCACCAAAUGAGCAGCAUCGGCAUCAUCAGAAGCUACAAACAGUGCCGUGGAGAUUGGGAUCACCAAACAGGCACGAACAGAGUCUCGUCACUCUUCGCAGCGCCCUGCCCAGCGGAUUAGGCUCAACGGCCCCCGUGAGCCCGGAGAAUCUUCUGCAAACAGCACGCCUAAACCAAGCGAGACAGUUAACUUGGAGGGACUCUGCCAAGGAAGCAUUCUGCCACGGCGAGGAAACAGUCUUCGCCGCUAUCGGAGCGUAUUCAUGGGCAUGUACAGGCAGUCACCGCUGGCACAGCCUUGCUCAGAUCGAAGGCCGAAGCUCAGAGCAUUGCUAA